AUGGACGAAGCUGCUGGGGAUUUGAAGCAAGCCCUCCUAAACGUGUGUGACAACGUUCAAAUACAUGUGGAAGUUCAUCAGAAAUCGAGCAGUGCGGCCAAGAAAGAAGAGAUCAGGAUGAGUGUCUUAAAGCUGUUGAACAGACAUAACAUUGUGUUUGGUGAUUACAAGUGGACAGAGUUUGAUGAUGGUUUCCUUAACAGCAACGUGGAGUCCGUGUCAAUUGUGGAUACAGAGCUGAAGCUGAAAGACAGACAGCCUAUUGACUUGAGCAAAAGCAAUCUCUCUCUUCAUAUUUUUCAUCUGAGUGAAGAAGGACCAAGCUCUGAAAACCUGGAAGAAGAGAAUGAGGAUAUUGCAGCUAACCAUUGGGUGCUACCAGCAGCUGAAUUCCAUGGCCUUUGGGAAAGUCUGAUAUAUGACAUUGAAGUAAAAUCACACUUGCUUGAUUAUGUGACGACAACAUUACUCUUUUCUGACAAAAAUGUUGACAGCAACCUGAUAUCAUGGAACAGAGUUGUUCUGCUGCAUGGCCCUCCUGGAACUGGUAAAACCUCUCUCUGUAAAGCAUUGGCUCAGAAGCUGACCAUCCGACUGUCAUACAGGUAUAGGUAUGGACAGUUAAUUGAGAUAAACAGCCAUAGCCUUUUCUCUAAAUGGUUUUCUGAGAGUGGCAAGCUUGUAACCAAGAUGUUCCAGAAGAUUCAGGAGUUAAUUGAUGACAAAGAUGCUCUUGUGUUUGUACUGAUUGAUGAGGUGGAAAGCCUCACAGCAGCCCGCAGUGCCUUCAAGGCAGGCACAGAGCCUUCAGAUGCUAUCCGUGUGGUGAAUGCUGUACUGACACAAUUAGAUAGGAUUAAAAGGUAUCCCAAUGUAGUUAUCCUGACUACUUCAAAUAUUACGGAGAAAAUUGACUUGGCCUUUGUAGACAGGGCUGACAUAAAGCAAUACAUUGGACCUCCAUCCAUUGCAGCAAUAUUUAGAAUAUAUCUUUCUUGCUUGGAAGAACUGAUGAAGUGUCAAAUCAUAUAUCCUCGACAGCAGCUCCUGACGCUCAGGGAGCUGGAGAUGAUCGGCUUCGUGGAGAAUAACGUGUCAAGGUUAAGCCUUGUACUAAAAGAAAUCUCAAGAAGAAGUGAAGGUCUUAGUGGUCGGGUCCUGAGAAAACUUCCUUUCCUAGCACAUGCACUUUAUAUUCAAUCCCCCAGUGUUACAAUGACAGCAUUUCUUCAGGCUCUCUCACUUGCAGUAGAUAAACAAUUUGAAGAAAGAAAGAAACUUGCAGACUCUGUGUGAUAGUCAACUGUUUUAUAGUUGUCUGUGUUGUUAACACUGAAAAGUGUUUCAUACAAACUGUGCAGCUUCUGUGCAUCUGUAAAAGAGAUUGUCAACAUCUUAAAAAAAUGGAAGGCCUAAUGUAGUUUUUUCAAAACAUGAACAAUUAAGAAAUUUUCCAG